AUGAGGCUCAAGGCCAAGUAUUUUUUGCGCACUCUCAAUUCUGGUUGUGCAGUACUACACACGUUCGCAUUACGAUACUACACAUCUACAACACGUGGCCUUGAUGUCGCCGUAAUUGGUGCUCCAAAUGUGGGAAAGUCGUUACUCACGAAUCAGCUUGUUCGAGCUUCAGUUUCUUCCGUAAGCAGUAAGAUGGACACCACGACACAGAACAUUGAUGCUGUUUUAACGGAAGAUGAUGUACAGUUGUUCUUACUGGAUACUCCUGGAACUGUAGGUCUUCGCCAUGCUAGAGAGGUUAUGGCAAGGAAGCAGGACCGUAUUGUAUCAGAACCAGAAACGGCGUUACAGAAAGCAGAGCACAUCCUUGUAGUCCAGGUAUGUUCGAACUUGCUCAUUGAAGUACUUGUUUUUUCUUGA